AUGCUUCGAUUACGUUUUCGUGCAUCAUGGUUACCAGCUGAACAUAAUCAAUUUUGGACAAUUAUUGAUUUUACAACAACAAAUAUAAUAACAAUAAGUGACUUAUUAGAAUAUUUCAUUGAACAACAAAAACUUUUUGCUAAUUAUUAUGAAUUUCAUUUAUCAAAACGAUCAACAAAAUUAAAAUAUCUUAAAGCAUUUGUUAAUGAUUAUGUUUUACCUCCACAUGCUCAAGUAAAUCAAAUUUUACGUGAUAAUGAUGAAAUUGACUUUCGUUUAGAAAUCGAUGCACAAACUGAUUGGCUGAGUGUUAAAUCACCUCCAACAUCGAAAAGAAAACAAUCUGUUGAACGCCUAGAUAUCGAUGCACAAACUGAUUGGCAUAGUAAUAAAUCACCUCCAAUAUCGAAAAGAAAACAAUCUAUUGAACGUCUAGAAAUCGAUGCACAAACUGAAUGGCAUAGUAUUAAAUCACCUCCAAUAUCGAAAAGAAAACGAUCUAUUGAACGUGAAAUUCCUCGUGCACCUUCUUCUCCUCCUCCCCCUCCUUCAUCAAAUAGUAUUGAUGAUAUUCUUCGAACAAUUGCUCAACCAUCACCAUCAUCAACAGAUUCACCUGAAACAAAUUCAUUUUCAUUUCAAUUUGGUAAUAAACGUGGUCGUCCUAUUCCACCACGACCACAAGUUAUAUCAGCUGUUAAAAUAAAUUCAUUAGUUCCACGACAAGUUAUGAAAAAUCGAAAAUAA